AUGUCAAUUACCGUGGGCAUCGCUGGUCUUACUGGCAAGUUUGCUCAGUGCGUGGUGAAGAAAUUGCACGCAUGUCAUAAUGUGACGAUCAAGGGCUUUUGCCGGAAUCCGCAAAAGCUGCCACAGCUGGCUAUGGAAAAGUAUAAGAUCGAAGUCAUACAGGGCGAAUUUGAUGAUGAGCAGGCCAUCCAAAAUUUCGUUGGAGGAACUGACAUUGUAAUAUGCUGCUACUUUGGCAACACUGAUGUCAUGACUCGGGGUCAGAAAAUUCUGAUCGAUGCCUGUGUGAAGGAGGGCGUCCCACGGUAUCUACCAAGCGACUUUGCAGUCGAUUACACUAACAUCCCUACUGGAGAACUGUUCCCCAAGGAGUCGGCUCAGAUUAUUAAAGACUAUCUGGUGGAAAAAAAGCUUGCGGGGGUGCAUGUUCUGGUCGGUGGUCUGAUGGAAACAUUUUGGAGCGAAUUUUUCCAGAUCUUCGAUUCCAACACCCAAACACUCAUCUUCUGGGGCACGGGGAAUGAGAAGUGGGAUCUGACGACAUACGAAACUGCUGCUGCCUAUGUUGCAGCUCUGGCAGUCGACAAGAACGCCUCCGGUGUUUUCCGAUUUCGGGGAGACGUCAAGAGUGUUUUUGAUAUCAAGGAGAUUUACGAAAAGGUCUAUGAAUCUCCCCUCCACUUAAAGCGUCUCGGGUCUCUUGAGGAGCUCUACAGUACAGUCAAGGAACGAUUUGAGAAGGACCCGAACAACAUUAUGGCAUGGGCUCCCGAUUGCUUCGUAUAUUGGUGCACAAACGGUGUUGCAAGCCUUGGUGACGAUCUUGAUAACAAAAAAUACCCUCGAAUCGUCCCAGCCAAUAUGGAGAGCUUCUUGAAAACUCACAAGAGGGCAGAUAUUGCGGUUGCGGAUCGCUAUAUUGGCUUCUAG